AUGUUGCUCAUUCCCAACAAAGACAAUGACAAGAAAGUAGGGAGUUUAUACAGCAUCACCAACCUAAAAGUCUCAGAUGUUAAUCUCCCCAUCCAUUACAACAAAAGAUUUUGUGGUUGUUCCUUCGAUUGGUUGAGCUUUGUAACCAAGAGUUCCUUCGUUAUCCUCUUCAACCCCUUCAGAAACAAAAUAAUCAAUCUCCCGCAGCUUGAAAGACAUAGAGGCUAUAGAAGGAAUGCUAAGCAAUGUACGAUCCAAAAACUUACAUUGUCCCCGGACCCCUCUGAGGACUCGGACUGCCUUGUCGUGGGAAUAUUUGGUGAAUAUAGCAACUUAGUUUUCAUGAAAUUAGGUGAUGAAUCUUGGACUUAUGAGGAUCAUGUGCAUGGAGAGUUGUUCUCUAAUGUUUUAUAUUAUAAAGGCCAGGUUCUCACCAUUGAUCAUCGAAGUGAGCUUAUAUCCCUUGAUGUUAGUAUCAAUCAAAAAAAUGUACUUGCGCCCCGAGAUUUAGAAUAUGCUUACAAGACAUAUUUGGUGGAAACAUCUAACAAGGAUUUGUUGCAACUGUGGAGGUUCUUUGAAUCUUUUGUAGCUGGGGGCAAGGUAUGA